AUGACCUGGCAGAACAUGUCGGCCUCGGCCUCGUCGUCGGGCGCCUCGUCGUCUUCGUCGACGCUGCUCGAGCUCUCGCUGCCCUCGGCCACCGAGUUCGCCCUCUACUACCUCCCACCCCUCACCCUCAUCUGGCUGCUGCUGCGCUACCGCAACACGGCCUUCGGCUCGCGCAAGCCCAUCCCGCGCAUCACGACCGACCCGGCGCAAAAGUGGCCAAAGGGCCCGCCCGGCUCGCUCCUCCUCGGCAACCAGGGCCAGCUCAACGCCAACGCCCACCGCUACCUCGACCAGUUCCUCGAGUGGCGCCGCCAGUACGGCCUGGGCUACGAGCUCACCAUCCCCGGCCACCGCAUCAUCGAGGCCAACCACCCGACCUGGCUCGAGCACUUCCAAAAGACGGCCUUCAACUGCUACGGCAAGGCGCACCUCAUCGCCACCAACGGCGAGCUCCAGCGGACCGGCAUCUUUACCUCGGACGGCCAUGCCUGGAUGACGCAGCGAAAGGCGGCAACCCACGCCUUCUCCCGCAACCACUUCAAGGGCCCCAUCUCGGACAAGCUGCACCAGCACCUCGACAUCCUCAUCGACCUCCUCGACAACCUCGCCGCCACGGGCGAAAAGUUCGACUUCCAGGACGUCAUGGCGCGCUACACGAUGCUCCUCUCGAUGAGCAUCGCCUUUUCGACCCACUCGACGCUGGCGCCCUCGUUUACCUCGGACCCGCGCUGCCUCGACGGCCGGUACGACUUUGUCGACGGCUUCGACAACGCGUCGCCCCUCAUCGACAAGCGCACGCGCAACUCGCUCUGGAAGCUCACGGAAAAGUUUGACGCGUCGGCAAAGGAGCAGGUCGACGGCGCCAUCAAGGCCAUCUACGCCUUUAUCGAGCCGCUGUGCAAGAAGCGCGUCGCCGAGGUCAAGCCGGGCACCAAGAACAAGGAGGGCGACAUCCUCGACCUCUUCCUCGAGCAGGAGCGCGACCCGUGGGUGCUGGCCGGCUGGAUGGUCAACAUCCUCUUUGCCGGGCGCGACACGACGGCCUUCUCGAUCUCGUGGCUGCUCUACGAGCUGAUCGCACCGCAGAACGGCAGCAAGGGCAUGAUGCAGAAGGCGCGCGACGAGAUCGAGUCCAACGGCCUCUCGCUCCAGGCGUCGGUCGGCGACGACCACUCGGGCGCCGCGCGCACCUACCUCGACUACGACGACCAGAAGAACCUGACCUACCUCAACGCGCUCUGGAUGGAGACGAUCCGCAUCCACCCGGCCUCGGCGCGCGGCAUGUCGAUCUGCUACGAGGACAACACGCUGCCCGCCAUCCCCGCCAUCAACCAGCCGGCGGUGCAGGUGAAAAAGGGCGACCUCGUCAUGUGGCAGGAUUGGGUGCUGGCGCGCCUGCCGUCGAUCUGGGGCGACGACUGCGAGGAGUUCGUGCCGGAGCGCUUCGUCGAUGCCGACACCAACUCGAUCAAGCCCAUCUCGCUGUGGAAGUUCCACGGCUUCAACGCCGGCCCGCGCACCUGCCUCGGCAAGAACCUCGCCACCUUUGACGCCCUCGCCGUCCUCGCCGCCACCCUGGACCGCUACGACUUUGAGCUGGUCGACAAGAACCAGCAGGUCAACUACACCACUGGCAUGAACAUGGGCAUCAAGGAAGGUCUCUGGGUCACCGUCAAGAGGAGGUAG